AUGAAAAAAGUACUCGAAGUGAAGUGUAGCUUUUUCUUGUUUGUUUUCAUUUCAGACCCUACUCCGGCCCCAGCCGCACCGGCCACAGUGGCUCCAGCCCCGGUAAUAGCACCAGCGCCACCGGCUGUCGUGGUAGCGCCCCCUCCUGUAGCCACUCCAGCCCUAGUGUCUGUUGUGACCGUCCCUGCGGCAGCAGUUGUCGCGCCAUCGGCGUCCACUCCACCGCCCCCAUCCGUGGCCGUAGUUGCUGUGGCGCAAGCGCCGGCCGUAGCGGCUGCCCCAGCUGUAGUCCAGACACCGGCCGCAGCGGAAGUUCCUGUAGUAGUUGGGACAACCACAGAGACAACCACGGAAGAAGUUAAAGCCGAGGACAUGGUGACUCCAGCAGCCACCACGAUUGCAACCACAACACUGAAAGUCACCACACCAUCACUUGAGAGUCACUGGGGAACAUUUAAACUUGAAGGUGUCAACCUCACCAUGAAUGAUCUUCUGGAUCAGCUAAAUGCAUUCUUUGGGGUCAAGGACACCACCACGGCACCAACAUUGGGGACAACAACAGCCACGACGCCAACCACCACCAACGAAGAAAUGGCGGAAGCUGCCGCAGACGCGCUUGUGAAACAGGCAGGCAGCGUGAGCACGACCACAGCAGAUCCCCUGAAAAGUUUGACUGCUGAAGACAGGGCCCUACUCCUGGAUUAUGUGGACCGCUACUCUCGCAUCUUUAAAAACUAUGACUACUUCGGCUGAGGGAACAGCGUGCAGAGUUGUGGAAGUACACGUCAUAUGUAUAUUAAGAUUGAAAUGAUCAAUUUACUUAUAGCUUUCUUUUAUGUGGUUUUUGGGGAGAUUUAAUCUAUGUUAAUAUUAUUUCUUUCGCAUUAUUAGUAAUAGAAGGUCAUUUCUUUAUCACACAACUAACAC